GGGGCGCGGAGUCCGGCUCUCGCAACCCAAGAUGGCGGAUGAGAGUGAGACAGCAGUGAAGCUGCCGGCACCUUCGCUGCCACUGAUGAUGGAAGGGAAUGGAAACGGCCAUGAGCACUGCAGCGAUUGCGAGAACGAGGAGGACAACAUCCACAACAGGAGUGGCUUGAGUCCAGCCAAUGACACCGGAGCCAAAAAGAAGAAAAAGAAACAAAAGAAGAAGAAAGAGAAAGGCAAUGACAUGGAUUCCUCCCAGGACCAGCCUGUGAAGAUGAACUCUUUGCCAGCAGAAAGGAUCCAGGAAAUACAGAAGGCCAUUGAGCUGUUCUCAGUGGGUCAGGGACCUGCUAAAACCAUGGAGGAGGCCAGUAAACGAAGCUACCAGUUCUGGGAUACACAACCAGUGCCCAAAUUAGGUGAAGUGGUAAACACCCACGGUCCAGUCGAACCCGACAGAGACAACAUCCGCCAGGAGCCCUACAGCCUGCCCCAGGGCUUCACUUGGGAUGCCUUGGACCUGGGAGACCGUGGAGUGCUGAAAGAACUGUACACCCUCCUGAACGAGAACUAUGUGGAAGACGAUGAUAACAUGUUCCGAUUCGAUUACUCCCCAGAGUUUCUCUUGUGGGCUCUCCGGCCACCAGGCUGGCUCCCACAGUGGCACUGCGGGGUCCGAGUGGUCUCGAGUCGGAAGCUGGUUGGGUUCAUCAGUGCCAUCCCAGCAAACAUCCACAUCUAUGACACAGAGAAGAAGAUGGUAGAGAUCAACUUCCUGUGUGUCCACAAGAAACUGCGCUCCAAGAGGGUGGCUCCGGUUUUGAUCCGAGAGAUAACACGGCGGGUCCACCUGGAGGGCAUUUUCCAAGCUGUUUACACUGCUGGAGUGGUGUUGCCAAAGCCUGUGGGCACCUGCAGGUACUGGCACCGAUCCCUAAACCCUCGGAAGCUGAUUGAAGUGAAGUUCUCCCACCUGAGCAGAAACAUGACCAUGCAGCGCACCAUGAAGCUCUACCGACUGCCAGAGACUCCCAAGACAGCUGGGCUACGACCAAUGGAAAAGAAGGACAUUCCAGUAGUGCACCAGCUGCUCAGCCGGUACCUGAAACAGUUUCACCUCACCCCUGUCAUGAACCAGGAGGAGGUGGAGCACUGGUUCUACCCCCAGGAGAACAUCAUUGACACUUUUGUGGUAGAGAAUGCCAACGGUGAGGUGACUGAUUUCCUGAGCUUUUAUACACUUCCCUCCACCAUCAUGAACCAUCCAACCCACAAGAGUCUGAAAGCUGCGUACUCCUUCUACAAUGUCCACACCCAGACCCCUCUUCUAGACCUUAUGAGCGACGCCCUCGUUCUAGCCAAAAUGAAAGGGUUCGACGUGUUCAAUGCACUGGAUCUCAUGGAGAACAAAACAUUCCUGGAGAAGCUCAAGUUCGGCAUAGGGGACGGCAACCUGCAGUAUUACCUGUACAAUUGGAAGUGCCCGAGCAUGGGGGCCGAGAAGGUUGGGUUGGUGUUACAGUAACCAGUUGCCAGUGAGACUCUGGAUAAAGCCACUGAGAAUCCAAACCAGGAAACGGAGCCCUUCCACUUGUUGGUCCAACUUUCACAGAUGUGAGAUCUCUGGCAAACAAAACAGAACUGAACCGGCUUUACCAAACCGCCAGCGAACUUGACAAUUAUAUUGCGAUGGCAUAGGCUGCGUGAUGUCACCUUUAGCCAUGUUUCUGGUCUCCCUGUUUUCAAUGAAUUAACAUGCUCAUGCAGCCGUGAUCAAGGGAAUGUAACUGCUGAAACCUAGCUCGUGAUUGGCAUAUUAUGGAGUUAACGGGUGAAUAAUAAAAGUAUAUAUAUUAUAUAUAUAAAUAUUCUAAAUAUCUUUCAUGUUCCAAAUGUGCAAGGAUGUUUGGUCUCUAAUGAGAAAGAAGCUAAAUCCAGUCAUUCUUCAGAACGAGAGCCCAAGGACAGCCGCAGACAGAUGUGCAUUGCACAGUUACUGUUUCUUCAGAAGUGGUGGCUGUUGUCAGGAGGAGCAGGACAGUGGAUCUGGGGGCCUCCCCUAGUUCCCCUUUGGAAUUGGCUGCCCAGCAGGCUGUGAGCAAGGAGGUGUAAGGUAGAGGGACUGCCAGCUCAGGGGAGGGCUCAGGCCUCCGCAAUGGCAGGACAAGCCCUGGGCAGAGGAGACUACUGCAUUCUGAGAUCAGGAAGUAGUGACAAUCAUGGACGUAGAUUCAUUCAUCGAGUCCCUCUGCCAUCUCCUGGGCCUCGACUUUGAGGACACUGAUUUUAAAAGGCUUUUGAGCUGGCAGUUACCAUCCUUACAGGUGUGUGUUCUCUGAGAGACUUUGUCCUCACUGCCUAGUGUGGUUGGCAUUUUGAAAGGGACUUUGGGCCUUUUGUAGUAUCUGGGACCUUGUCAAGACCACAUGAGUGCAAGCUCUGUCUAAGGCAUUUUAGAGCAGAGAGGGCGUAGGGAUCCCAGGUAGGCGUGGUCACGCCCCUGCCUGUGCCUUCCAGCCCAUCAGCCAUCUCCUGUGCUCGUAGGUCUCCUUUCCAGUGUGUCCAGCCCACAGUGACCAAAAGAAGCAGACACUAGAGAUGAUAGACUUGGCAGCAUUGCCACUCUCUGAGUCUGAUUGUCAUCUGUGCUGUUGUGGGUUUUGUAGUGGGAGUGAUGGUUGUUGAUACUGCCAGUUUCUCCAGAAGUAGUCAAGCCCCUGGUCCAUGAUUGCCCACGUGGGCAUUCCUGAGUGGUGUUGAGCCAAGUGGCUCAAGGAUUGGGCUGAACUGUCAGCAAGCCACGCCCAGCCUCCUUGUAGCUUGUGCUAAAAGGGAGAAAGCCCCACGUGACGCAUAGUGGGGAAUUUCUUUCACCUCUUGGCAUCUUGGGAACGGGGGGGACCUUAUAGGGGAAAGAAGCCUUAGCUACUAGCCAGGUUCAGUCCUGUCCCCUGAACGGAAGAAGCUGUCCUAGCAGCGAGCAGGGGCUUGAGUCACGCUGUGGCUUCUGGUGGUGGUCUGCAGAAGCUAAUUCUGCGUCGCCUCAGCUGAAGGAAACUGUGUUAGGGAUGCGUCCUGCCUUGUUGACUGCUGCUGGAGACAGAAGCUGUGCGUGAGGAUUCUCAUCAGAGGCUUCUGGGGACCUCCCUUCCCUUCACUGUCCUGUGCUGCAAACUGCAAGUGCCAGCGAAGGUGGCCGACUUGUGACUCCAAGAUAUUCACACCAAAGAAGCUGUUGUUCUUGGCAAAAUGUGCACUUGAGUCCUACAGAAGGGAGGGGUCAGGCAGGCUCCCCCUCAGUCUCCAGACACUGCCCUAAGUGCCCGAGUGGGCCACCUGCCCACACUUUAAAGAAAUGAGUGCUCAAGCCUUUCCUUCCUGGGCGGGCCUGGAAUGCGGAAAGCCCUCCUGCCUGUCUUGCUGUCAGCCGUGGGCCAGCUCUCAGCUCACAAUGCUUCUGGGGUUUGGGGGACACAAAUCUCUGGACUGAGCUUUGGUUUCAUUGACCCUGGUCAUGGAACAAAAACAUCGCAGCCCAGGGGAUGCUCUGGAAGAUCUGCUGGCAAGGACUGUCCCUGAAACCAGGUGGCUCGCUACUGCCUUGAGAUGGGCACCCUGCCCAGGUCUGCAGGAGUUGGCUCAGGGGUUGUUUUUAAGUCUUGUUUUUAUCUGAACUGUUCUGGUGUCUUCAUUCAACCCUCAUGGGAUUAGGGGCUAAAGAGCACCAUUUGUGGGGUUCAAAACUACUUCACAAUCUUUGGAGUAUGGCAGCCCUGUGGCCUUGGGGCAUCCGAGCUGACCUGUCCCCGCAGCCUCUGUUGGAAGGCCUCUGUGAGCCUGACCCUCGUCCUCCGCCGUGUCCUGACGACCUCCUUUCUGGCCCUGCCUUUGGAUUGACUCUCCAUGCUACCGUGGACACCAGUUUGUAGGAGUGAGCUGUGUAGAAAGGCCUUAACUCUGGAUUGAGGCCUGCGUGGGCUCACUGUCCCCGCCCAGGCCUGUGUCUAAAGGUGUUGGCAUCUGGGGAUUGGCUCACACCAAGCUCUGCUAACACUCAUUUUUUCAAUGGAAGGUUUCAGGCCUCACCCCUUCUUUCUGCCAUUUGUGACCCUUCCUUCCUCUGAAGCCCAGAGGCAGGCAUCUGUGGUUUUAAAUUCUGUCCCCAAAGAUGAGCAGCAUUAAACAAUUCAAGGGCCCAAAGGCCCCGAAGAGUUUUCACAGAGCUGUCUACAUCUGAGAGACAGACUCAGGAAAGGGAGCUAGAGUGUCUCUCUAGCCUUGUCUGCCUGUCCUUGAACCAGAGGAAACCUGUUGUGUCUUGCUGCAGAGCGAAGGCAGGUCUGUAGACCAACUGCACCUGAGGAGGAGAGUUUGGACAGUUUUCAUGGAAUUAAACUAAAGUGUUAACUGUGGCUGUCAGGUGCUGCAUCCGGGGUGGGAGAGCUUCACUUUGUCGUCUUGGCUUUUCUUGGGGCUGUGCUGGGGGCAUUCGUGGCUGGGGUGGGGGCAGAUAUACCAAAUGCACCGUUCCACUCCGGACAUCUCACUUGUUUCUAAUAAAGGAAGCCUUCAACAGUC